CAGCUCGGCUCGGGAGCGCGCGGCGCGGGCCCGCCGGGCUGUGGCGACGAGGCCGCGGCUGAGCGCGAGCGCCGCAGGUGACCCGGGCCGCAAGCUGGUGCGCGGGCGGCGGCUGAGAGAGACGCGGCGCUGCGGGCUGGAGGCGGGCCCCUCGCUCUGCUCCUCUCACGGCCUCGGCGCUGCGGGCUGAGCAGACGCGGCGAGCCGAGGCGGGCGGAGGGCUCGAGGCACCCACUUGACGGCCGGCGGCGCCCGCGGCCCUCAGCAUGUUCCGCGAGGCGAGGGUUGUCCUCCCGCCCGUGGGCUGAGGCGGCGGCGGCCACACCGGCGAGAUGCACCUGCGGGGCGCAGCUUAGAGGACGCGGCGGGCGGGAAGUGCCGGCCGCCCGCGGGAGGGCGUUCUUCGCGGGGCCGCUGCCUCCCGCGGCCGCCGCGGGCCCGAACCGGAGCGGCGGGGUGGGCGCCGCGACAUGGCGGCCCGGAGCGCCCCGAGUUGCCACCUGCGGCUCGAGUGGGUGUACGGCUACCGGGGCCACCAGUGCCGCAACAACCUCUACUACACGGCGGCCAAGGAGAUCGUGUACUUCGUGGCGGGGGUCGGCGUGGUGUACAGCCCGCGGGAGCACCGGCAGAAGUUCUACCGGGGCCACAGCGACGACAUCAUCAGUCUUGCAUUGCAUCCUGAACGAGUAUUGGUAGCAACAGGACAAGUUGGGAAAGAGCCUUAUAUCUGUGUUUGGGAUUCAUACACUGUGCAGACCAUAUCAGUUCUAAAGGAUGUUCAUACACAUGGUAUAGCUUGCUUAGCAUUUGACUUAGAUGGACAGCGCCUGGUUUCAGUUGGACUGGAUUCAAAGAAUGCAGUUUGUGUUUGGGACUGGAAAAGGGGAAAAAUGUUGUCUAUGGCUCCUGGUCACACAGAUAGAAUAUUUGAUAUUUCUUGGGAUUUGUACCAGCCAAAUAAACUUGUCAGCUGUGGUGUAAAACAUAUCAAGUUCUGGAGUUUAUGUGGAAAUGCUCUGACCCCAAAACGAGGUGUGUUUGGUAAAACGGGUGACCUUCAGACAAUAUUGUGCCUAGCCUGUGCUCGGGAUGAAUUAACAUAUUCUGGUGCACUCAAUGGGGAUAUAUAUGUGUGGAAAGGAAUCAAUCUUAUACGAACAAUACAAGGAGCCCAUACUGCAGGAAUUUUUAGCAUGAAUGCUUGUGAAGAAGGGUUUGCUACUGGUGGUAGAGAUGGCUGUAUUCGUCUUUGGGAUUUAACUUUUAAACCAAUUACUGUGAUUGAUCUCAGGGAAACAGACCAGGGAUACAAAGGUUUGUCUGUGAGGAGUGUUUGUUGGCGAGGUGACCACAUUUUAGUUGGAACACAAGACAGUGAAAUUUUUGAAAUUGUGGUGCAUGAAAGAAACAAACCUUUCCUAAUUAUGCAAGGGCAUUGUGAAGGUGAACUUUGGGCACUUGCUGUUCAUCCUACUAAACCUUUGGCUGUGACUGGAAGUGAUGAUCGUUCAGUCAGGAUUUGGAGCCUAGUAGAUCAUGCAUUAAUAGCAAGAUGUAAUAUGGAGGAACCAAUUCGUUGUGCAGCUGUAAACGUAGAUGGAAUCCAUCUUGCCCUUGGAAUGAAGGAUGGUUCAUUUACUGUUCUUAGAGUAAGAGAUAUGACGGAAGUUGUACAUAUUAAAGAUAGGAAGGAAGCAAUUCAUGAGUUAAAAUAUUCACCAGAUGGAACUUACCUUGCUGUUGGCUGCAAUGACAGCUCAGUUGAUAUUUAUGGAGUUGCUCAGCGUUAUAAAAAAGUUGGUGAAUGUGUUGGAUCACUUAGUUUCAUCACUCAUCUGGACUGGUCCUCAGAUAGUAGAUAUUUACAGACAAAUGAUGGAAAUGGGAAAAGAAUUUUUUAUAGGAUGCCAGGGGGAAAAGAAGUGACAAGUAAAGAAGAACUCAAAGGUGUUCAUUGGGCUUCAUGGACAUGUGUUUCAGGCCUUGAAGUAAAUGGAAUUUGGCCCAAAUAUUCAGAUAUCAAUGAUAUAAAUUCAGUAGAUGGAAAUUAUAUUGGCCAAGUUUUAGUUACAGCUGAUGACUAUGGAAUUAUAAAAUUAUUCCGAUAUCCAUGUUUAAGAAAAGGGGCCAAGUUUAAAAAAUACAUUGGCCAUUCAGCUCAUGUAACUAAUGUCAGAUGGUCACAUGAUUAUCAGUGGGUUAUUUCUAUUGGUGGAGCAGAUCACUCUGUCUUUCAGUGGAAAUUUAUUCCUGAAAGAAAACUAAAAGAUGCUCUUCACAUAGCACCCCAAGAAAGUCUGGCUGACUCUAACAGUGAUGAAUCAGAUUCAGACCUGUCUGAUGUUCCAGAACUGGAUUCCGAAAUUGAACAAGAGACACAGCUCACCUAUCGUCGGCAGGUUUACAAAGAAGAGCUACCUCAGCUUAAAGAACAAUGCAAAGAAAAACAAAAAAGUGCUACUUCUAAAAGAAGAGAACAGGCUCCAGGAAAUAGUAUCCGAUUACACUUUGUUCAUGGUUACAGAGGUUACGACUGUCGAAGUAAUCUGUUUUAUACUCAAAUUGGUGAAAUUGUGUACCAUGUGGCAGCAGUGGGUGUCAUUUACAAUAGACAACAGAACACACAGCGUUUUUACUUGGGUCAUGAUGAUGAUAUUCUUUGUCUGGCUAUUCAUCCUUUGAAAGACUAUGUGGCUACAGGCCAGGUGGGUAGGGAUCCCUCAAUUCACAUAUGGGAUACAGAGACUAUUAAACCAUUGUCAAUAUUAAAGGGCUACCACCAAUAUGGUGUCUGUGCUGUUGAUUUCUCAGCGGAUGGGAAACGUUUGGCUUCAGUUGGAAUAGAUGAUAGCCACACCAUUGUACUGUGGGACUGGAAGAAAGGAGAGAAACUUUCAAUGGCAAGAGGAAGUAAAGAUAAGAUUUUUGUUGUUAAGAUGAACCCCUACAUGCCUGAUAAACUGAUUACAGCUGGAAUUAAACACAUGAAAUUUUGGCGUAGAGCAGGGGGAGGAUUGAUUGGAAGAAAAGGCUACAUAGGCACAUUGGGGAAAAAUGACACAAUGAUGUGUGCAGUGUAUGGAUGGACUGAAGAGAUGGCUUUUUCUGGAACAUCCACAGGAGAUGUGUGUAUCUGGAGAGAUGUCUUCCUUGUAAAAACAGUUAAAGCACAUGAUGGGCCUGUGUUCAGUAUGCAUGCACUGGAAAAAGGAUUUGUAACUGGAGGAAAAGAUGGUAUAGUAGCUCUUUGGGAUGACUCUUUUGAAAGAUGUCUCAAGACCUAUGCUAUAAAAAGAGCUGCUUUGGCCCCAGGAUCCAAAGGUCUUCUCUUGGAAGAUAACCCAUCUAUACGUGCCAUAUCAUUAGGCCAUGGUCAUAUUUUAGUUGGCACAAAGAAUGGUGAAAUAUUAGAAGUGGAUAAAAGUGGCCCAGUAACACUUCUGGUCCAGGGACACAUGGAAGGAGAGGUAUGGGGUUUGGCUACACAUCCUUAUCUGCCGAUCUGUGCUACUGUAAGUGAUGAUAAAACCUUAAGAAUAUGGGAUCUCUCUCCUAGUCAUUGUAUGUUGGCUGUCCGGAAACUGAAAAAGGGUGGAAGAUGUUGCUGUUUUUCUCCUGAUGGAAAAGCUUUAGCUGUAGGUCUCAAUGAUGGAAGUUUCUUAAUGGCAAAUGCAGAUACUCUAGAGGAUCUUGUGUCUUUUCACCACAGAAAAGAUAUUAUUUCAGAUAUUAGAUUUUCACCUGGAUCUGGGAAAUAUCUGGCUGUGGCAUCCCAUGACAGCUUUAUAGAUAUAUAUAAUGUAAUGAGUAGUAAACGAGUGGGAAUAUGCAAAGGAGCUACAAGUUGCAUAACCCAUAUUGAUUGGGAUAUUAGAGGAAAGCUUUUACAGGUCAACACUGGUGCUAAAGAACAGUUAUUCUUUGAAGCUCCCAGAGGGAAAAAACAAACCAUCCCCAAUGUGGAGGUAGAAAAAAUUAGUUGGGCAUCAUGGACAAGUGUGCUUGGUCUAUGCUGUGAGGGAAUUUGGCCAGUAAUUGGAGAAGUCACAGAUGUAACUGCCUCUUGCCUCACCAGUGACAGAAUGGUCCUAGCUACAGGCGAUGAUUUGGGAUUCGUGAAGUUAUUUAAAUAUCCUGCUAAAGGAAAAUUUGGAAAAUUUAAGAGGUAUGUGGCCCAUAGCACACAUGUCACAAAUGUUCGCUGGACUUAUGAUGACAGCAUGUUGGUGACCCUAGGAGGUGCAGAUAUGUCUUUAAUGGUAUGGACAAAUGAGAUGGAAAGUUAUCGAGAAAGAAGGCCUUGUGAUAGUGAGGAAUCUGAUGUAGAUUCCGAAGAAGGUGGAGGCUAUGAUAGUGAUGUUACAAGGGAGAAUGAAAUUACUUAUACCGUCAGAGCCUUAUCAACAAAUAUUCGCCCAAUGUUUGGAACCAAGCCUCAUUUGCAACAGAAAGAACCUUCAGCUGAUGAGAGGCAGGGUAUAGUAAGAGGUUCCAGGCCCCCAGUGAGCAGGGCCCCUCCACAGCCAGAGAAACUUCAGACAAAUAAUGUUGGCAAGAAGAAAAGACCCAUAGAGGACCUCGUGUUGGAGCUUGUAUUUGGUUAUCGAGGCAGAGACUGCAGGAAUAAUGUACAUUAUUUAAAUGAUGGUGAUGAUAUAAUUUAUCACACUGCAUCAGUUGGAAUUCUGCACAAUGUUGCUACAGGGAUUCAAAGUUUUUAUCAGGAACAUAAUGAUGAUAUUCUGUGCCUCACUGUAAAUCAGCACCCCAAAUUUAUCAACAUAGUGGCAACUGGCCAAGUAGGUGAUUCAGCAGAUAUGUCAGCCACAGCCCCUUCUAUCCACAUCUGGGAUGCAGUGAGCAAGCAGACUCUAUCUAUACUAAGAUGCUACCAUUCAAAGGGAGUGUGUUCGGUCAGCUUCAGUGCUACUGGCAAACUCUUGCUGUCUGUGGGACUAGACCCAGAACAUACUAUUACCAUUUGGAGAUGGCAGGAAGGUGCCAAGAUUGCCAGCAGAGUGGGGCACAACCAACGUAUUUUUGUAGCAGAAUUCCGACCAGAUUCAGAUACCCAGUUUGUCUCUGUGGGAGUAAAACACGUGAAAUUCUGGACCCUGGCAGGAAGGGCUCUUCUUAGCAAAAAAGGGCUGCUGAACACACUGGAAGAUGCCCGGAUGCAGACCAUGCUCGCUGUCGCAUUUGGUGCAAAUAACUUGACGUUUACAGGUACCAUCAGUGGUGAUGUCUGUGUGUGGAAAGAUCACAUAUUGUGUAGAGUUGUGGCCAGAGCUCACAACGGGCCCGUGUUUGCCAUGUAUACCACCCUGCGAGAUGGACUUAUUGUGACUGGUGGCAAAGAAAGGCCGUCAAAAGAAGGAGGAGCAGUUAAACUGUGGGAUCAGGAACUGAGACGAUGCCGGGCCUUCAGGCUUGAGACAGGACAAGCCACAGACUGUGUUCGUUCCGUGUGCAGAGGCAAAGGCAAGAUACUAGUUGGGACAAGGAAUGCUGAAAUAAUUGAAGUUGGAGAGAAAAAUGCAGCAUGUAAUAUUUUGGUUAGCGGACAUGUGGAUGGACCGAUCUGGGGGCUAGCAACACAUCCUUCCAGGGAUUUUUUCCUUUCUGCUGCAGAGGAUGGGACAGUGAGACUCUGGGAUAUUGCUGAUAAAAAGAUGUUAAACAAAGUGAAUUUGGGACAUGCUGCUCGUACUGUGUGUUAUAGCCCUGAAGGGGACAUGGUGGCUAUUGGAAUGAAAAAUGGAGAAUUUAUUAUUUUACUUGUGAGCUCUCUAAAAAUAUGGGGAAAGAAGAGAGAUAGACGAUGUGCAAUCCAUGAUAUCAGGUUUAGUCCAGAUUCCCGAUAUCUGGCAGUUGGUUCUAGUGAGAACUCAGUGGAUUUUUAUGACCUAACAUUGGGCCCCACCCUUAACAGAAUCAGCUAUUGCAAAGACAUCCCAAGCUUUGUCAUUCAAAUGGACUUCUCUGCAGAUAGCAGAUAUCUCCAGGUCUCUAGUGGUUGCUAUAAACGGCUUGUCUAUGAAGUGCCUUCAGGAAAACAUCUUUUGGAUCAUGCUGCCAUUGACAGAAUUACUUGGGCUACAUGGACUAGUAUUCUAGGAGAUGAAGUUAUGGGAAUCUGGUCCAGGCAUGCCGAGAAAGCCGAUGUCAACUGUGCCUGUGUAUCUCAUUCAGGAAUCAGCCUUGUAACAGGAGAUGACUUUGGCAUGGUUAAAUUAUUUGACUUCCCAUGUCCGGAAAAAUUUGCAAAGCACAAAAGGUUCUUGGGUCACUCACCCCAUGUGACAAAUAUUCGAUUUACCAAUGGCGAUCGACAUGUUAUCAGCGCUGGAGGUGAUGAUUGCAGUUUAUUUGUCUGGAAAUGUGUACAUAUGCCUCACUGA